AUGGCUACUUCAAAGAAGAAAACAAGGAAGCUUCGUGGUCACGUAUCACACGGUCAUGGUCGGGUUGGCAAACAUCGUAAACAUCCUGGAGGCCGGGGUAAUGCUGGCGGUCAACACCAUCAUCGAAUUAAUUUCGACAAGUAUCAUCCAGGUUAUUUCGGCAAGGUUGGUAUGAGAAAUUACCAUGUUCGAAAAAAUCAACUAUACUGCCCAACAGUAAAUGUGGAUAAACUUUGGUCGCUUGUAUCUGAAAAUUUGCGGAAGUCUUAUGCUGGUAGAACAGACAAAGCUCCUGUGAUUGAUGUUGUGCGUGCCGGAUAUCAUAAAGUUUUGGGAAAAGGAGUUUUACCAAAGCAACCAGUUAUAGUUAAAGCUAAAUUCUUUUCGCAUAGCGCUGAACAAAAGAUAAAGAAAGUCGGGGGAGCGUGCUUUCAGCAACAUACACUAGCAAUGUCAACUCAGCAGGAACUUGCUUGUGUUUAUGCAGCAUUAAUUUUGCAAGAUGAUGAUGUUGCAAUAACUGGUGAGAAGAUUUCGACGCUAUUAAAAGCGGCAAAUGUUAACGUCGAACCGUUUUGGCCUGGUUUAUUCGCUAAGGCGCUUGAUGGUGUUGAUGUUAAGACCCUUAUAACGAAUGUAAGUAGCGGGGUAAGUAGUGGCAGUGUCGGAGCAGCAUCAGCAGUUGAAAUAGCUUCAGCAUCACCAGCAGCAGAAAGUGCCCCAGCGAAAGUAGAAAAGAAAGAAGAGCCUAAAGAAGAAUCAGAUGAUGAUAUGGGUUUCGGUUUAUUUGAUUAA